AAGAGAUCAGAGCUACGGCUUCCGGUCCGCUAAAACGCGGUUUAGGUAAGCGGCGUGGUUGUGUCAUGUGGCGAUAGGCUUCUGAGCUCAAGUCAGCAAGUGAGGAAGCCACUACCAGCAUCCAGGCUCAGGAGUCUGGAUUCUAGUGGAAAGACUGGCUAAAAAACAAAAAACAAAGAGCCGGGAACCUGAAGACUACCUAUCCGCUGUUUCCGAGGGGGCAAAUUCCACGGGGAACCCCUCUGCCCUGGUAACGGCCAAAGAGGAGAUGGCGCCAGCCGGGGAGCGGCCGUGGCCAAGACAGUGAGGAAGCGCGAAGGCGGAGCAACCAGGAAGCCCGAGAAGAAGAAUCAGAGCUGUCGCUGUCACCACUGCCGCCACCACCAUGGAAGGAGCAAAGCCGACUUUGCAGCUUGUGUAUCAGGCAGUCCAGGCGCUUUACCACGACCCAGAUCCCAGCGGAAAGGAGCGCGCCUCGUUUUGGCUUGGGGAGCUGCAGCGUUCGGUUCAUGCAUGGGAAAUUUCUGACCAGUUGCUACAAAUCCGGCAGGAUGUGGAAUCAUGCUAUUUUGCUGCACAAACCAUGAAGAUGAAGAUUCAGACCUCAUUUUAUGAGCUCCCUACAGACUCUCAUGCCUCAUUAAGGGACUCGUUGCUAACCCAUAUACAGAACUUGAAAGAUUUGUCCCCUGUCAUUGUAACACAGCUGGCUUUAGCAAUAGCAGAUCUUGCCCUACAAAUGCCUUCCUGGAAGGGAUGUGUACAGACAUUGGUGGAAAAAUAUAGCAAUGAUGUAACUUCUUUGCCUUUUUUGCUGGAGAUCCUUACAGUGUUACCUGAAGAAGUACAUAGUCGUUCCUUAAGAAUUGGAGCUAACCGGCGCACAGAAAUUAUAGAAGAUUUGGCCUUUUACUCUAGUACAGUAGUGUCUCUACUGAUGACCUGUGUAGAAAAGGCAGGAACAGAUGAGAAAAUGCUUAUGAAGGUCUUUCGCUGUUUGGGAAGUUGGUUUAACUUGGGUGUUUUGGACAGUAACUUCAUGGCUAAUAAUAAGUUACUGGCACUCCUUUUUGAGGUUUUGCAACAGGAUAAAACCUCAUCCAACCUACAUGAAGCUGCUUCAGACUGUGUGUGCUCAGCUCUGUAUGCCAUAGAGAAUGUGGAGACUAACUUGCCAUUAGCCAUGCAACUCUUUCAGGGAGUCCUGACAUUGGAGACUGCCUAUCACAUGGCUGUGGCACGUGAAGAUUUAGACAAAGUUCUGAAUUAUUGCCGUAUUUUCACUGAACUUUGUGAAACUUUUCUUGAAAAAAUUGUUUGUACUCCAGGCCAAGGUCUUGGAGACCUGCGAACUCUGGAAUUGCUUCUGAUCUGUGCAGGGCACCCUCAAUACGAGGUAGUAGAAAUUUCCUUUAAUUUUUGGUACCGACUAGGGGAGCAUUUGUACAAAACUAAUGAUGAAGUCAUACAUGGCAUCUUUAAAGCUUAUAUUCAGAGGCUGCUUCAUGCCUUGGCUCGACACUGCCAGCUGGAACCAGACCAUGAGGGGGUUCCUGAGGAAACGGAUGACUUUGGAGAAUUUCGGAUGAGGGUAUCAGACCUGGUGAAGGAUUUGAUUUUCUUGAUUGGGUCUAUGGAAUGCUUUGCUCAGUUAUAUUCUACUCUGAAAGAAGGCAACCCACCCUGGGAGGUGACAGAAGCGGUUCUCUUUAUCAUGGCUGCUAUAGCAAAGAGUGUUGAUCCGGAGAACAACCCAACACUUGUGGAAGUCCUAGAAGGAGUUGUCCGUCUCCCAGAGACUGUGCAUACAGCUGUGCGGUAUACUAGCAUUGAGCUGGUUGGAGAAAUGAGUGAAGUGGUUGAUCGAAAUCCUCAGUUCCUUGACCCUGUGUUGGGCUAUUUGAUGAAAGGCCUGUGUGAAAAGCCCCUGGCUUCUGCUGCAGCUAAAGCCAUUCAUAACAUUUGCUCUGUCUGCCGAGAUCACAUGGCUCAGCACUUUAAUGGACUCCUGGAGAUUGCCCGAUCCCUUGACUCCUUCAUGCUAUCUCCAGAAGCUGCUGUGGGCUUGCUAAAAGGGACAGCACUUGUCUUAGCCAGAUUACCAUUGGAUAAGAUUACUGAAUGUCUCAGUGAACUAUGUUCUGUUCAGGUUAUGGCAUUGAAAAAGCUAUUGUCUCAGGAGCCCAGCAAUGGCAUAUCUUCAGACCCUACUGUGUUCUUAGAUCGCCUAGCGGUGAUAUUUAGACACACCAAUCCCAUUGUGGAAAAUGGACAGACUCAUCCAUGCCAAAAAGUCAUACAGGAAAUAUGGCCAGUUUUAUCCGAGACUCUAAAUAAACACCGGGCUGAUAAUCGGAUUGUAGAACGUUGUUGCAGAUGCCUGCGUUUCGCUGUUCGCUGUGUAGGCAAAGGAUCUGCAGCCCUGCUACAGCCACUAGUCACACAGAUGGUAAAUGUGUACCACGUACAUCAGCAUUCCUGUUUCCUGUAUCUCGGCAGCAUCCUCGUGGAUGAGUAUGGCAUGGAAGAAGGCUGUCGACAGGGACUACUAGACAUGCUCCAGGCACUGUGCAUCCCCACCUUUCAGCUCCUGGAACAGCAGAAUGGCCUCCAGAAUCACCCUGACACUGUCGAUGACCUGUUCAGGUUAGCCACUCGGUUUAUUCAGCGUAGCCCUGUCACCCUACUGAGGAGCCAGGUAGUCAUCCCAAUUUUACAGUGGGCCAUUGCCUCUACUACCCUAGACCACCGGGAUGCCAAUGGUAGUGUCAUGAGGUUCCUACGAGACCUCAUCCAUACGGGUGUAGCCAAUGAUCAUGAAGAUGACUUUGAAUUACGGAAAGAACUGAUUGGACAGGUGAUGAACCAGCUUGGACAGCAGCUUGUAAGCCAACUGCUCCACACAUGCUGCUUUUGUCUCCCCCCUUACACACUACCGGACGUGGCUGAAGUGCUCUGGGAGAUCAUGCAGGUUGAUAGACCGACCUUUUGUCGAUGGUUAGAGAAUUCCUUGAAAGGUUUGCCAAAGGAGACAACAGUGGGAGCUGUCACAGUGACACACAAGCAGCUUACAGACUUUCACAAACAAGUCACUAGUGCUGAGGAAUGUAAGCAAGUGUGCUGGGCCUUGAGAGACUUCACCAGGUUGUUUCGAUAGCUCACACUCCUGCACUGUGCCUGUCACCCAGGAAUGUCUUUUUAAAUUAGAAGACAGGAAGAAAACAAAACCCAGACUGUGUCCCACAAUCAGAAACCUCCGUUGUGGCAGAGGGGCCUUCACUGCCCCCAGGGCAUCCCGCCAGACAGGGAGGACUCCAGCCUUCUGAGGCCUCCGAGGAGUUCCUGUUUGGGGUGUAAGGGAAAAUCAGCGCGGUUUUACAAAGGUGGCUGCAGCCUGUCCGGCGUGGUGAGAGGGGAGCUGAUUUGCUGGUGAACUUGUUUUUAAAAGAAAAAUAAUUUUAAGAAAAAUUUUAAAAGGGAAAAAAAGAAAGAAAACUAAAUGGAAACAUUCACCUGGUAGCAAAUGACAAACCCACACACUGUCACACGCUAAUGUGCAGUGUACACACAGAAAACCAAAAGUGAGGAUUUUCUGUGAAACAAAAACUUUCACUUAGGGAAAAUGUGGGAAUUUGAAUGAAUUAAAUAGCUGCAAAUGAAGGUCAAGGGUCAGGGUCAUCUCUGAAAGUUUCCUACUGUUUUGUCUUCUUUCCCUCUCCCACCCCAUCCUACCCCACCCCACCCCUGCUCCGCAUUUCCUCCCCCUCAGCGUUGUUCAGUGAGCCUGUUCUGCUCUCUAUCAUGGUCACACUGAUGAUACUCAGGACCAGCCAGGGUCAAAAUUCCUAUUCAGUAGAACCCAGCCUUGGCCCUGUUCACUCUAAACCUCCUUCCAAUCCACAUGAGCUUGUUGUCAGCCUUGGAAAAAGCCAAAAUUGGGGUGGGCAGGGUAGGAUAUAAAUGUGUAUUCUGUUUUAGCUUGUUUAAGUUUUUUUUUCUUAGUGAAUUAUUUACCCACAGAUGUUCAAGAAAAAAAGGGUGGGAGUCUGAAGAAAAAAUGUUUACAAGGCUAAUUGUACUUCACUACAAAGUGUGGACAUUAAUUGACUUCUCGGGGUGAGGCUGAAGAGGGAACCCCAAAACAUCCUAAUGUUUUGAAGGAGUGCAGCCCACACAGCCAGGAGAUGUGAGGGCACUGUUCUGUCUGGUGUAGCCGUCUCAAGAACAAAUCAACAGCAACAACAACAACAAAAGGAAAAACAAUAAAUUUUUAAAAUUUAAUAA